GAGUGUGAGUGUGUGUGUGUGUGUGUGUGUGUGUGUGUGUGUGAGUGUGAGUGAGUGAGUUAGUAAAAUAGUCUGAGUAUGAAAUCCACCAAUCAGAUGUUUGUAGUUUUGCGUCUCUCAGCCAUCAGGACUGCAGUGUGAUAUCAGAAAGCAGCAGUCGCUCUUCACCAACAUUCUCUUCCAGCAUUCACAAACAACAGAAAGCAGCGAGUGGAGAUCAUGUCAUCCAGCACCAAGUAUUCUGAUAUAGGAACACACAGUGACCCCACUACUGUUCCUCUGAAAUAUUCUGAUAUAGGAACACACAGUGACCCCACUACUGUUCCUCUGAAAUCAUCAACAGUCAACACAACAUUUGGUGAUUUUUUAGAAUCCAGUGAAGGAACACAAGACAGGACCUUCACUGAUAUGACAUCAACAGUCAGCACAGCAUUUGGUGAUUUUUUAGAAUCCAGUGAAGGAACACAAGACAGGACCUUCACUGAUAUGACAUCAACAGUCAGCACAACAUUUGGUGAUUUUUUAGAUUCCAGUGCAGGAACACAAGACAGGACCUUCACUGAUAUGAGUCCCAUACACAGGACCUUGAUUCCUGAGAGAGCAGAAAUGAACCCCUAUGUCACAGUUCAGACGGGUUCCUCUGCCACUCAUGAUGACUUAGCUGGAGUGUUUGUGUUUGGUAAGAGCUCUUUUUUAGGUUUUGUUUUUGAAAACUUGCGUGAUAUAAGAUUUUGUGUGUGUGUGUGUGUGUUUUGCAGUAGCGGGUUUUUCAUUACUGAUUGUGCUACUUAUCCUUUUCGUCAUUUUCCGACACAUGUUUGGCAAGAGAGGAACAUAUUACACACACGAGCCAAAAGAAACAGAAGAUCCGAAACAGGAACUGUUUGACUCCUCAGAUGAAGAUCUGUGAUCAUCAUCAUAACGUCUUCACAACGUCUCCUGCUUGAUUACGGACUUUUAUCACAUUUCUGUGUCCUUUCUGUCCGCUGUCAUCUUUUUAAAGUCCAGAAGAUUAUUUUUUAAAAAUCCAUCAGUUUUUUUCUCUUCAUUUCUUUGCUCGACAUCAUGAAUUUGAGUCCUGAUUGGCUGAAAUCGGGAAUUAUAAAUAUUUUGGUCGUGCACUUAAAGUUUUGGUCUUUACUGGAUAAAAACUUUAUUUUUUAAAUUAAGCGACAUUUUUUUAUUUCAUCAAACCAUCUUUAUUUCAUCUGUGUCUCUGCCUUUAACAGCUCCUUCAUCCUAACCAUGUCCAAUCUGCACACAUCAAAUAUUCAGCGGGACAGAAAAUGUUCCUUUCACUCGUGCCAAUGUUUUAUUAAUCUUCUAAUAUCUUUUUGUUAAUGCACUUAAAAAAAAAAAAAGCAGCCUGGACUUUUGAAGGCUUCGUCUCACACAUAAAGAGAGGACAAAAAGAUAAAACAAUCCUAUAAAUUAUGACUUUGACUGCAGCCUGUGGAUAAGAUCAGCGUUGAACUGAUUAAACUCUUUUUUUUGUUGUUA